AAUAAAAGAUGGUAGGGGGGCUCUGAAAACUAAAGUGUUCAGCCUUGUACUUGAGUAGAACCAUGAUCCACAUGAUGUACUGCAUCGUAUACAUCUUUCUGCUGGUCUCCUUCACUGGGGCCACUGGCAGCCGUAUAGUAGGUGGUAAGGUUGCAAAGCCUCAUUCGAGACCCUACAUGGUGUCACUGCAGGUUAGAGGACACCAUUCAUGCGGUGGGAUACUUAUUCGGGAGGAUUUUGUUCUGACGGCAGCACACUGCGAACAACCACAAGAAAUGACAGUAGUACUUGGCGCACAUGACAUUACCAAGAAAGAGAAAAGUCAGCAGUGGAUCCAAGUAGCCAAGUACUACCAGCAUCCAAAAUACAAUGGAAAAUACGAUAAUGACAUUAUGUUACUUCAGUUAAAAAACAACGCCACACUGAAUAGGUAUGUGAAACCCAUUGGACUACCAAAGAAAAAUGGCAAAGUCCCGGCCAACAUUAACUGUGCUGUGGCUGGUUGGGGCUGGACUGGAGCUGACAGACAUACCUCAAAUGUUCUGAGGGAGACCACGGAGAAGAUUCAGUUCAAUGAUGAGUGCAAAAACAUCUGGAAAGAAUAUUUUGAUUCUAAGGAUAUGAUAUGCACCAAGUUUUUCAAAAAGAAGGGAGGGGUUUGCCAGGGAGACUCUGGCGGACCACUCAUCUGUAACAGCAAGCCUCAAGGUAUAACAGCUUUCACCCUGAGCACAGAUUGUAAUGAUCCAAAGUUUCCACAUGUCUUCACCAAAAUUGGCGUUUUUCUCCCCUGGAUUAAAGACAAGAUGCAAAAAUAGGGGAACGUUGCUUGA